CGUCGGCCACGCUCAGCGGAGACGGGAGCAAGAUGGCGAUUCCGGGCAGGCAGUAUGGGCUUAUUUUGCCAAAGAAAGCACAGCAGUUGCACCCUGUUUUGCAAAAACCAUCAGUAUUUGGGAGUGAUUCUGAUGAUGAUGAUGAGUCCUCUGUGAGUGAAAGCCUUCAGAGGGAAGCUGCUAAGAAACAAGCAAUGAAGCAGACCAAGUUGGAAAUCCAGAAGGCCCUUGCAGAAGAUUCUACUGUAUAUGAAUAUGACAGUAUUUAUGAUGAAAUGCAGAAAAAAAAGGAGGAAAAUAAUCCCAAAUUGCUUUUAGGACAAGAUCGAAAGCCCAAAUAUAUUCACAACUUACUAAAAGCAGUUGAGAUCAGAAAAAAGGAACAGGAAAAAAGAAUGGAAAAGAAGAUACAGAGAGAGCGAGAAAUGGAAAAGGGAGAAUUUGAUGAUAAGGAGGCAUUUGUGACAUCUGCUUAUAAGAAAAAACUGCAAGAGAGAGCUGAAGAGGAAGAAAGAGAAAGGAGGGCUGCUGCACUUGAAGCUCGUUUGGAUGUAACCAAGCAGAAAGAUCUUAGUGGAUUCUAUAGGCACCUACUAAAUCAAGCAGUUGGGGAAGAAGAAGUGCCUACCAGCAGCUUUCGUGAAGCCAGGUCUGAGAUAAAGGAAGAGAAACCUAGGGGUUAUUCUGAUGAAGUAAGUUCAGAGAAAAGAAUACCACAUGAGAAAUGCAUUGUUCAAACUGUUGUGAAAGUAAAGGAUAACCCAGAUGCGGACAGUGAUUUUGAUGCUAAAAGCAGUGAGGAUGAUGAAAUGAAAGAAAAUAUUGUGAACUGCAGAAGAGAAAGACACACAGAAGACACUAAGAGGAACUUCAGACAUCACAGGAAUCUAACACAUUCACGAUCAUCUAGUGAAGAAAGAGAGCAUGGUACCAAACACCACACAAAAAUUUCCAAGUCAAGAGGGCAUGAGAAAAGGGAAGAUCAGCACCAAGAGAAACAAUCCAGGGACCAGGAGAACUAUCACACUGACCGUGAAUACUGGGAAGAAAGGAAGGAUUCUCAUAGACACAAAGAGGCUAGUCACAGAGAGUCCCACUGGAAGCAGCAUGAACGGGAAGAUAAAUUGAGGGGGAGAGGUCAAAGAGAAAGAAAUGACAGAGAACAGAAAAGGGAGAAAGACAGAGAGAAAUAUCCACCAAGAGAACACGAAAGAGGUAGAGAAAGUGAUCACAACCGACAUAGUGAGAAAGAAAGAGAAAAGGAAGAAAGAAGCAGAGAAAAGAACGAGCAUAUGAAAACAAGGAAAGAACGAUAUGAAAACAAUGAUAAAUACAAAGAUAGAGAAAGACGAGAAGUAAGUGUUCAAUCCUCAGAAAGAAAUCAAGACAGAAAAGAAAGAAGCCCAAAAGAAACAAAGGAUAAGUUUCUUGAUCAGGAAGGAUCCAGUAAAAUGAGAAGCAUGGAAAAAGACAAAGAAAGAAAGCCAGAGAAACGCUCUAGUUCUGAAAUAUCACUGGGAGAAAAACAUACAGUUGCAGAAGAAAGCCAAGAGCUGGGCAAAGAACAAGAGAGACCAACUGAGACAGUCAGCAAGUUUGCAAAACGUAACAAUGAAGAAACUGUAAUGUCAGCUAGAGACAGAUACUUGGCCAGGCAAAUGGCACGCGUUAAUGCAAAGACAUAUAUUGAGAAAGAAGAUGAUUGAUGACUGCCUCAAUAAAAAGACCUGGUGAAAGUUCAGAAAAUUAGUAACUCCUGGAACAUGUGAUAAGACUACAAAAGAGUGUGUUGACAGUGGUUGAGAGGAUAUUUUUUAAUAUUUUUAAAAUCCACUUUUGGUUUAAGGUUUAAAGCAAAAGUAAAACCUUUUAUCUUAAAUGUUUGAAUUGGUGUAUAAUAUUUACUUAUCAAUGCCACAUUUUUUAUUGUGAAACCACAUUUUUGGUUGUGAAAUGUAAACAGUGCUGUGUCCUAUAGGUACUUAAUGAGGAAAAUUGGUUCUACAACAACCAUCAAAAUUUAUUUAAAUGGCUCUCUCCUAAUGUUUUGUUGUAGGAGCUGUUUUUAUAGGUAUUAUAUUUCAAGUAAAAAUAUAUGAUUUGAACAACUUG